CUCCAGGAUGCUCCUCUUUCUCUGCCUGACCGUCUUCUUCUCUGCGAGCUUUUCCAUGGAGAUGAACCAGACCUCCAAGCUGCUGGCGGAGAGCGGAGAGCAGUGCUCGGCCUGUGACUUCCGGGAGCACAGCAAGCAGAUGAGGCUCCACAGCAUCAAGUCGCAGAUCCUCAGCAUCCUGCGGCUGGAACAGGCUCCCAACAUCAGCCGGGAUAUGAUCCGCCAGCUGCUCCCCAAAGCGCCUCCUCUGACGCAGCUCCUGGACCAGUACGACCCGCGGGUGGAGGAGGAGGACCACGCCACCACGGAGACCAUCAUCACCAUGGCCACCAAGCUUAAUCCGAUCGCCCUGGACGAGUUGGCCUCCUGUUGUCUGUUCAGCCUCAGUCCGAAGAUCCAGCCCAAAAACAUCCUGCGCGCUCAGCUGUGGGUUCACCUGCGGCCGGCCGACAUGGUCACCACCGUCUUCCUGCAGAUUUCCCGCCUCAAACCAGGGAAGGAGGGGAACAGCACCCGAGUCAGAGUCCGCUCCCUGAAGAUCGACGCCGAAGCCGGGACUGGUUCCUGGCAGAGCAUUGACAUCAAGUCUCUGCUGCAGGCCUGGUUGCAUCAACCGGAGACCAACUACGGGAUCGAGAUCAACGCCUACGACUCCAAUGGAAACGAUUUGGCCGUCACCUCAACAGAGCCUGGAGAGGAAGGACUGCAACCAUUCAUCGAAGUGAAGAUCCUCGACAGCACCAAGAGAUCACGCCGUGACUCAGGCCUUAACUGCGACGAGGAGUCUGCAGAGACCCGCUGCUGCCGCUACCCUCUCACCGUCGACUUCGAGGAGUUCGGCUGGGACUGGAUCAUCGCGCCCAAACGCUACCGGGCCAACUACUGCUCGGGGGAGUGCGAGUUCAUGCACCUGCAGCAGUACCCGCACGCACACCUGGUGAACAAGGCCAACCCGCGGGGGACUGCGGGGCCCUGCUGCACGCCCACUAAGAUGUCACCCAUCAACAUGCUCUACUUCAACCGCAAGGAGCAGAUCAUCUACGGAAAGAUCCCGUCCAUGGUGGUCGACCACUGCGGCUGCUCCUGAGGAAACCCAGGCAUCUGCGGGGCAUAGGCUGGCAUAGGCAACCGUUUGAUAAUUUGUUAAAUAUCUGAACCUAAAACAGAAGUUACUGAAAAGAAGCAUAACAUCCCAUCUACGAAAGAGAUGCAAGGAGUGUUUUCAAGGCCAGGACUCCGAAAGUUGUUAGUUUUGGUAAUAAAGUAUAAAAAAACAACAGAAAUUACUCUAAACGACCAACUAAAGGCCAAAAAAGCACAAAUAAGAUCACAGAAAUUCUUAAACAAUCUAAAUUUUUUAAAUAAUAUUUAAGUCACAGUGAAGUUAAAGCAUAUCUGCUAGUUUAUGGUACAAAUUUCAGUAAUCUGGAAAGGAAGGAAAUUGAAUAUUAUCAAACCUUAACAUAAAAUACUAUCAUAUGACACACGACUAAGACUCAGUAACUUGUAUGGAUAGAUAGAUUGACUCCUGCUGCGUCUUGUCCUCCUGUCUUAUGAAAACGUGUCCUGAUUUCAGCCUUGACCAGAACAAACUCUGCUGGGCGUCUUCCACGUGCGACUUUAUUUGGAAAAACAUGAACCUUGUGACUCCGAGCUGACAGAUCGCCCUUCCCUGUCCCGGAGCUUGUUUGCAAACUCCUCGCUGUGAUCUGCUCUCGAGAGCAUCGCAGUGGGAAAAACACUUUUUUUUUUAAAAGGACGUUGUUGCAGAUUGUAUUCUGUCAGUUGUGUGUUCUUUGUGGUGGAUUGUGUGGGAUAUUGUAAAAAAGUCAAUCUGCAGUGUUUUAACUCUGUGAUGGCUGCCCCGUGUUCCCUCAUAGCAUCAUGACUUCAUGUAGUCAGUUGUUGGAGCCAGAAAAUGCUAAUGUGAGUGAAUAGACGCAGCUGAGUUGACAACCAGCUACCAGCUUAAAGUGACCUUUCAAUGAAGGCAAAUCUAUCCUUGCUGGUUUUUAACAUUUUCCUUCUUUCUUUCCUUCAGAAGUGCUUUGUUGGGGGGUGUUGCGCUAAAUUCUGGUGCAAGACAUUAAAUGUUAAAGCUACUAGAGGUGAUAAAUAAAAGUUUUCACAGCCACAGGAAAGCUUUUUAUCCUCUUAUGGACACAAUAGUUGUCCUGCUUUUCCUGUUAUAGUCAGAGCGAAGUAGCAUCGGAUGAACAUUAGAAGGACUGCAGCUGAUGGCUCUUCACAUGGUCAAGAUCCCUUGGCGUUGCCUUUCAAUGCCCUGGGUACCCGUUUUGCAUCGUUUCUGCACGUGUAGGGAAAUGUGCGCAAGGUAGUUGUUAACGUUGUGAAACGUUGCAAUUUAGUUCAGUUUAGACACCAAAACAACUUGGUCGUAACUAAAAAGAAUCAGUGUUAACUUUUUGUUCUACACGGUAAACAAAACCCUGGCCCAACCUCCACCUUCUGGACUUUUCUGUUAUUUAUAUACUAGCUAAUUUUAGCGUUCAGCAAUGACGCUGAAGGGGUCGCCAAUAAGAUCUUGACCAUGCGUCCAUAAGUUGCUUCAACCAACACUUUCUUUAGCCUUCAGCUGUGGUGUGUGGUGGUAAACCAGUCCUGCUGGUUUAUAGAUGGUACAACAGCUAAGAUGCAUUGCAGUUAGGAAGUAAUAGUAAAUUGGUUUGCGUGGCUCCAUACCAACACUAGACCUCUGAACUCAGACUGCUCUAUGCCCUAACCUUACUUCUAUAGAGCAGAAACCUCCAGAGGAUCAGAACCAGCCUUUCGAGGGAAGUUAUGGAAGUUUUGGAUCAGUCAGCCAUUAACAGUGUGAGGGCAGGAACUCUCAGAGGGAGGUUUGGUCUUGAUUUGAAGCCGAGUGCAGAUGUUGACUGUUGCUGUGCUUCACGGGGGUUUCUGACCCAAAAGUCUUUGUUCUGCUGUUUGAGCAGAACGACCACGAGUGACACAGUUUAAUGUUUGUGAUUCUGCAGUAAACAAAAUGUCCAUCCAAGUUACUUGGUGCACAUUGGUUUGCUUUCCUGCAGUUUAACCCUGUUUUUAACACCUCAACAACAGUGACAGUUUUCUUUUAGAUAAACAAAGAUUUGCAUGGCAAGAAAGAAUUAUUCCACUUUGUGAGAUUUUAAUCUCAAUAAAAUAGUUUGGAGGGUAAAGUCCUUAAAGAAAGCCGUUGGAUUUUAAUGGAUAUUUGUUGUACAUUGCAUUUCUUGCAACUAAGACUGAAGCAGAAUGUUUGCUAAGUUUCUUGCUGUUGAGUGCUAUCUCUAGACAAACAAGAAUGAUUGUUAGAGAUAGAAAAAAAUGUUCACCUACAAUGUACUGUAUGUAUAUAUGUAUAACAUCAGGCCGUGUUGCUGCAUUUGUGGUCAGUUGAAGUUCUGAACGUGAAGCGACGAGACGGUGCAUUGAGGGACACCCCGACAACGGAAAACGUUGCUGUUUUGUGUUUGCUGAGGAGCUUUGCACCGACGAGCUUCUGUGCAUGAUGAUCAGAAAAUCUAACCCUGAAGACAAUCACUAAGAGACAGCUCUGAGAUUUUUUCCGAUGCAUCUUUGUUUAGGUUCAGUUCUUGCUUUUACCUGCAUUACCGUGUGACUACAAUGUCACAUUAUCACGAAUAAAGGUCGUCCCGUAGGUGUCACGUUGUUCACUGUGAUCGCUAACAUAUUUCACGGAUGUUUCAAGUUUCUGCUUGUUGAUUUUCUCACAAAAUAUUGCGGAAAUCGCCUAAAACAAGUGAUUGUAUGCGUUGAAAAAUAGUCAACAGUACUUUAACGCCAUGUGCUUAUAAAGAGUUAGCAAUUUUAAACACAAGGGUGGUCCUUUAAAGCUGAUUUUUUUCUCCUUGGUGAUCUGCUGUCAGUGCUGUGUGAAAUCUGCUUCCCACAGGAGUUGUAGGGAGUCAUCACUAAAAGUUUGUGGGUGAUGAAA